CAUUCAUUCAUAUAUCUCUAUCAAUAUAUUUCUACAUCAUUCAUUCACAUUUCUUGCUUACAAUUUUCUUUUUCUUAAAGCUAUGGGUUCCGAACAACAAAUACAUGGAGAUUAUCUAUUUCUGAGGCCACAAGAAGCAAGUGUUGUGGAACUAGGAAGCCUUUUGUUUUCAUCAAACUUAGCAAAUAGAAGCUUCAUUGAUUGUCCACAAGGACUUGAAGCAAGAAAAUUUCGACAAAGAUGGCUUCUUUUUACUUCAGUUGUUGCACAAAUUGUUCUUGUUGCUAUAGAUCCCUUCUUGAAAAUUAUUGGAGACUUGUUGGAGUCUUGGCUUAAUUGUUUAUCAAGUAAUGGAGGGCUCAUUGGACUCUUCUUCAACUUUCUUAAAGGAGAGGUGAUAACACCGGAAAAGUCAUCGGCGGAGUUUUUAUCGGUGGUUGGCCACCUUGACACAAGAGUUGAUUUAGACAAAAAUAUUCAUCAUAAGGAUAUAAAGUACAAAGGGUUACUAUCUAUCAUGGCUUCUAAAUUUUCGUACGAGAAUGAACAAGUCAUUAGCAAUGCAGUUACAAAUCAUUGGGGUAUGGAAUUUUUGGGGUUAUACAGCUUUUGGAACGAUUACCAAAAGAUGGAGUCUACAAAGGCUAUGAUAGUGAAAGAUACAAAGUCUGAACCAAACUUGAUUGUGGUUGCAUUUAGAGGUACAACUCCAUUUGACGCUGUGCAAUGGAAAACAGACGUUGAUAUCUCCUGGUAUGACCUACCAAACGUGGGAAAGAUGCAUGGUGGAUUCAUGAAAGCUUUGGGACUAUUAGAGAACGGUGGAUGGCCCAAAGAAAUUGAUGAAAGAAGCCAACAUCAAUAUGCUUACUACGCAAUUAGAGAGCAACUGAGAGAAAUGUUGAAGGAAAAUAAGGAUGCAAAAUUCAUAUUAACAGGGCAUAGUUUGGGUGGAGCAUUGGCUAUUCUGUUUGUCGCAAUGCUUAUAUUCCAUGAGGAAGAAGACAUGUUGGAUAAGUUACAAGGUGUUUAUACAUUUGGGCAACCAAGAGUAGGAGACGAGAAGUUUGGGGAGUUCAUGAAAAGCAAGUUGAAAAAGUAUGAUGUGAAGUAUUUUAGAUAUGUUUACUCUAAUGAUAUGGUUCCAAGGGUCCCUUAUGAUGACAAAUCCCUCUUCUUUAAGCACUUCAGUCCUAGUCUCUUUUUCAACAGCUUGUACCAAGGGCAGAUUCUAGAGGAGGAGCCAAACAAGAACUAUUUCUCUUUGUUCUGGGUGAUACCCAAGAUCUUAAACGCGGUUUGGGAGGUGAUUAGAGGUUUCCUUCUACCAAUUUUUCUAGGUAAAGAGUAUAAACAGAAUUGGUUCAUGACGUUGUUCAGGCUUGUUGGAUUGAUAAUUCCAGGACUACCAGCUCAUUUCCCUACAGAUUAUGUCAAUGCUACCCGAUUGGGAUCCUUAGACAAACACCUAGAGCUUCUAAUAUCUAAGGAUGACUAAUGUUUAUGCUUUUGUGACCUUCAACCGAAUCGACACAUUUCGGUUCCUUUUUUUUACAUUAUGAUGUUACAGUGUUCAUUGAUCAAUUAUUGUAAAAAUAUGAUGAUAUAGACAGAAUAAAUGAUUUCAUGAAUAAAUUAAUCAAUGGCAUACGACCAUUUCCCAGUGCCAGUGAUCCUUAUAUA